AUGCUCUUAAUACAACCGACGGAAGAAAUGUCUAAGCUGAUCCGCGUGGAGUUGAAUGAAAAUGUUGACACGCGUCAAAACGAUUUAGAGUACAUUAAAGAAUGGAUUUCUAAACAACCACAUUUACCGAAUUUUGACGAUGAUCAUCGGCUUAUGACUUUUCUCCGUGGAUGUAAAUUUUCUCUUGAAAAAUGUAAAAAGAAAUUAGACAUGUAUUUUACAAUGCGUGCUCUUGUUCCAGAAUUUUUUUCCAAUCGUGACGUUACCAGACCGGAAAUGAAGGAGAUUAUAAGCAAUGUGUACGUGCCACCUCUGCCUGGCCUAACGAAAAACGGUCGGCGUGUAAUAAUAAUGAGCGGCGUCGAUAAGAAUUUACCCACACCGAAUGUCGCCGAGGCAAUGAAGUUAGUCUUGAUGAUCGGCGACGUUCGAUUGAAAGAGGAACUCGUUGGUGUUGCCGGGGAUGUUUACGUCCUCGACGCGAGUGUAGCUACACCCGCGCAUUUUUCCAAGUUCACGCCGACUCUCGUGAAGAAAUUUCUUGUGUGCGUGCAAGAGGCCUACCCCGUGAAAUUGAAAGAGGUGCACGUGAUAAACGUCAGUCCGCUCGUUGAUACGAUUAUUAAUUUUGUGAAGCCUCUGUUGAAGGAGAAGAUCAAGAAUCGAAUAUUCGUUCACAGCAAUAUCGAGAAACUUUACCAGUACGUGCCCAAAGAAAUAUUGCCAAUGGAGUAUGGUGGUCAAGCUGGACCGAUCCAGGCUAUCCAUGAUACCUGGAUAAAGAAGUUGGAAGAAUAUGGUCCUUGGUUCAAGGAGCAGGAGACUAUAAAAACAACGGAAACUCUUCGGCCCGGGAAACCCAAGACCCACCAUGAUAUAUUUGGUUUGGAAGGGUCAUUUCGGCAACUUACCAUUGACUAGGGAAACAAGUUUCCAGAAAUGAGAAAUAUUGUUUCUAAAUCUUCCACCUAAUUUUAAUGACUGUGGUAAAUUUAAAAGGUUUACACGUAAAAAUAUUAUUACUAUUUUGCAGUCUUCUAAAAACUUAACAUUAACUGCUAAGAAGUUACUAGUAUUAUUUGCGAUUCGAUUGCUGAAUUUAUUAUUCUGCGGCAGCAAAUAAUAA